AUGUCCAGCUGUCAUCCUUGCACCCCUUGCUACCAGCCUUUCAACCCCUGCUUCCAGCCCUGCAACCCUUGCUACCAGCCCUGCAACCCCUGCAGCCAGCUUUACAACCCCUGCUACCAGCCCUGCAACCCCUGCAGCCAGCCCUGCGGCCCCACCCCACUGGCCAACAGCUGCAAUGAGCCCUGUGUCAGGCAGUGCCAGAGCUCCACCAUCAUCAUCCAGCCCUCCCCCGUGGUGGUGACCCUUCCUGGGCCCAUCCUCAGCUCCUUCCCACAGAACACCGCUGUGGGAUCCUCCACCUCUGCUGCUGUUGGCAGCAUCCUCAGCUCUCAGGGAGUGCCCAUCAGCUCUGGGGGCUUUGAUCUCUCCUGCAUCACCAGGCACCACCACAACAGGGUCUGCUAA